AUGAGCAAAAAAUCAGAAGAUACUGAAGAUGAAGCUCUGAUUUUCAAGCCUAGUAAUGAGCUGUCAGUGAACAGAGCUAAAGAAGCAGAAGAGCAAGUUCAAGUGUCUUCUCCAAGGUUGUAG